AUGGCUUUAGAGACUCGGUUCCAUGUUUUGGCUGUUGAUGACAGUCUUAUUGACAGAAUGUUGAUUGAGAGGCUCCUUAAAACCUCUUCCUUCAAUGUUACUACGGUGGAUUCUGCCACUAAGGCCUUGAAAUUUCUUGGUUUGGUUGAAGAUGAGUUGAGGACUUUUGAAACUUCUGUUGCAUCAGAAAUUCAUCAGGAUGUAGAUGUUAACCUGAUUAUAACAGAUUACUGUAUGCCAGGAAUGACUGGCUAUGAUCUGCUGAGAAAAAUCAAGGAAUCUAAAUCACUCAAAAACAUACCAGUCGUGAUUAUGUCCUCAGAGAAUGUACCAUCAAGGAUCAACAGAUGCUUGGAAGAGGGAGCAGAAGAAUUCUUUCUAAAACCAGUUCAACAGGCAGAUGUAAAUAAGCUGAAACCACAUUUGAUGAAAUCAAGAAACAAGGGAGACCAAGAUCAAGAGCAAGAACAAGACCAACACUUUCAUAACAAAAGGAAGGACAUGGAAGCAAUUUCUUCCCCAAACAAAACCAGAUUAAAAUGCAGCAGUUAA